AUGGCUGCCGCAAUUCUCGAUCCUGCACGCUGGAUGUCGUCUGAGGUCGUGCUACUUGACAUUGCACGCGACUCGUGGUCCGACUCGGACUUCCAAACCCUCAUUGCGGGGUUCCCGGCGGAGGCUAAGCAGGACGCCGAUUCUCUCCUUGCUCACGUGGAGGAUUUGACACGACGAGAUGUUAAAGCCGUGUACCUGAAGCAGCUUCAAGGACACCUUUGGAAGACCGGAUUCUCGGAGGGAGACUUGAAGACUCCGCUCUUCGCCGACGUUGUCCCUACGCUCACAUCAUGGAAGGCCUCGGGACGUACACUCGCCAUCUUCUCCUCUGGUAGCGUGCAAGCUCAGCUCCAGUUCUUCUCAUACGUCGAGGAUGGUGUGACAACUAAAGAUGUCAAGCCAUUGUUCUCGGCGCAUUACGACACGGUGAACGCAGGCCCAAAGCUUGAGAAAGCCUCGUAUGAGAAGAUCUGCCGCGAGAUGGGGGCCGAUGUGAAGACAGUCAGCUUCUUGACGGACAACGUGAAAGAGGCCGAAGCUGCAGCCGCAGCUGGUGUUUAUGCGAUCGUAGUCGAUCGCCCUGGUAACGCGCCGCUGUCGGACGACGACCGGUCGACAUAUCCCGUGAUCACGCUGCUGACCGAUCUGCCCACACUCGCAUAG